AUGGCGAGAACAUUCCUGGCUAUCGUUUCCCUUACGGUGGCCGUCGCUCUCCUCGCAGUCUCCACCACGGCGGAGGCGUCUCACCCAGACCGCUUCCUCAUCCAUGGCCGCAGCCUACGAUUGGAAGACAACGAGGGGAUCAGGAAGGGCCACAAAUGCAACGCCACAGUUAACAACGUUUGCCCGGGGAUCCUGGUGAAGGGAGGGACUCAGCUUCUGCAGUGCUGCAAGAGGCGCUGCCGCAACGUCCUCUCCGAUCGGAACCACUGCGGAGUCUGCAGGGAGAAGUGCCGGUUUGGGCAACUCUGUUGCGGCGGCAGGUGCACCGCCGUCGCCGACGAUGUGGAUAACUGCGGCAAAUGCGGCAAAAAGUGCGCCGCCGGGGUCCGGUGCGCGUUCGGUGUGUGUGGCUAUGCUUGA